UCGUGUGCAUGUCUGUUGGAAUAUACAUCUUCCGUCGACUGUUGUGUGCAGCCAGCGAGAUCAGUCGUUGGACGAAUCCGGCUACUACCAGACGUACUCAAAACGCACAAUUGAUCCGAGUUAAUUCAAUAAUCAUCAAUUUGCAAAGAGAAAAUAGAUUAUGUUAAGAUGAUGUUGUUGAUACUGUUCCUAACUGCAAGUGCGUUGGCCGCGCCUCAAGAUGCGUUUUUCCCGAAAUGCGGGUAUAAGUCGUGUCAUAAAACUAAGGACGGUUUCAUCAACGUCCAUAUUGUGGCGCACACCCAUGACGAUGUCGGAUGGUUGAAAACCGUGGACCAAUAUUACUAUGGAAGUAAAACUAAUAUACAAAAGGCCGGUGUUCAAUAUAUCCUGGAUUCGGUGAUGGAAGAGCUGAAACGCGAUUCUAAUAGAAGAUUCAUUUACGUGGAGACCGCGUUCUUCUGGAAAUGGUGGAUGAAGCAGCACGAUUUCGUGAAGAAUCAGGUGAGGAAGUUCGUGAAUAACGGCCAAUUGGAGUUCAUCGGCGGAGCUUGGAGCAUGAACGACGAAGCUGUUACCCAUUACCAAUCGAUCAUCGAUCAAUUCACCUGGGGAUUGAGGAAGUUGGAGGACACUUUCGGUAAAUGCGGAAGACCGAAGGUUGGUUGGCAGAUCGACCCGUUUGGCCACAGCAGGGAGAUGGCAUCGAUCUUCGCGCAGUUAGGAUUCGACGGUUUGCUCUUGGGUCGCAUCGAUUAUCAGGACAAGAAGUUCAGGUUCACUACGAGGACGCCGGAGAUGGUUUGGCGAUCCAGCGCAAACUUAGGCGAAAGCUCCGAUCUCUUCACCAGCGUCAUGUACAACACCUACAGUCCUCCACCCGGUUUCUGCUUCGACGUUCUUUGCGACGAUGAACCCAUCAUCGACGAUAAGAAAAGCGACGAUUACAACGUUCCAAAACGAGUCUUUGAAUUCUUCGACUACGUGCACAACGUGUCUAAGGCUUACCAAACCGGCAACGUGAUCAUCACGAUGGGCGAGGAUUUCACCUACCAAGACGCUAACAUGUGGUUUAAAAACUUAGACAAACUCAUCUAUUACGGAAAUGAGCUGCAGAAGAACGGUUCCAAAUACAAUUUGAUCUAUUCCACACCUUCGUGCUAUUUGAAAGCUGUGCACGACGAAGGCGAGAAGAGGAAUUUGCAAUGGAAAGUGAAGACCGACGAUUUCUUCCCUUACGCCUCCGAUCCAAACGCCUAUUGGACUGGAUACUUUACCUCCAGACCGACCAUCAAGCGUUUCGAACGCGUUGGCAACAAUUUCUUACAAAUUUGCAAGCAGUUGUACGCUUUGACCGAUUUGGGACCCGAAGAUGGUAUAGAUCUAAACGCUUUGAGAGAAGCUAUGGGCGUUAUGCAGCAUCAUGACGCAAUAACCGGAACGGAGAAGGAGCACGUAGCUCACGAUUACUCGAGAAUCUUGGACAGGGGCAUCGAAAAGUGCGGAAUCGUCGUCGAAGAAGCGCUCAACAGAUUGAUCACCAACCGCAAAGAAUCCGAGCUCAAGUUCGAUAGCUGCCCACUCCUGAACGUGAGCCAAUGUGACUCAACGGAAAACCAUAAGACUUUCGUGGUAACCAUCUAUAAUCCCUUGAGUAGGAACGUCACCAAGUACGUGAGACUCCCGGUAAAGGGAUCUGCGUACAAAGUGCAAAAUUCCGAAGAAGAAUUGAAGGUGCAAUUGGUACCGAUCCAUCAAGGCGUUCUUAAUAUUCCAGGGCGUGAGAGCGAAGCCACCAAAGAGCUGAUUUUCCAAGAUUCUAUACCGGCUCUCGGGUUUAAAUCUUUCUACGUUUCCGAAGUUCCCGGCGAUAUAGUCAGCAAGGAAGAAAGCGUUAAGAAGUUGGAUAAAAAACCGAUUUUAUUGAAGAUCGAUGAAAGAACCGGAAUGCUCUUCGAGAUCACCAUGAACGGCAAAACGAUUCCUCUGCAGCAGAAUUUCGGUUAUUACAGAGGCGCCGUCGGAGACAACGAUUCUUUCCAGAACCGAUCCUCGGGAGCUUACAUAUUCCGACCCAACGGCACGGACACCUUCACCAUCACAGAUAACGCCACCUACAAGUUGUACCUGGGCGCACACGUCACCGAACUUCAUCAAACCUUCAGCAAUUGGGUCACGCAAACAAUCAAAGUGUACGCGAAGCAGAACCACGUGGAAUUCGAUUGGGUCAUAGGACCCAUCCCCAUCGACGAUGUUAACGGCAAGGAAAUUAUCAGUCGGUACACGACCAACCUGAAAUCAGAGUCGACGUUCUACACUGAUUCCAAUGGACGCGAGAUGCUGAAGCGGGUCAGGGAUUUCAGGCCUUCGUGGAAAUUGAAUUUGCAAGAAACGAUCAGCGGUAAUUAUUAUCCGGUCACGUCCAGGAUCUUGCUGAGGGAUGCGAGCAACGAUAUCGAGAUGGCCAUUGUCACGGACAGGGCGCAAGGAGGUUCCAGUUUGGCCGACGGUGAAUUAGAGUUGAUGAUCCACAGGAAUUGUAUGCACGAUGACGCCUUCGGCGUCGGAGAAGCUUUGAUGGAGGAGGCUUUCGGAACUGGACUCGUCGUCAGAGGAAGUCACCAUCUAGUUGUAGGACCGUACCUUAAAUCGGAUGGUAUAUCCUCGUAUGAAAGGCAAUUACUUCAGGAGAAGGUGCUGGAUGCUUGGACUUUCAUAACACCCACAAAUCUCAGUUUCGUACAUUAUAAGAACCAAUAUAAGAUGAAGUAUUCUGGAUUAACGCAAAACUUACCCGACAAUGUGCAAAUUUUGACGUUGGAGCCGUGGAAGGGCAACAGCUAUUUGCUGAGGUUGGAGCACAUCUUCGAAAAGGGCGAAGACAAAAAUCUUUCAACUCCCGUCUCCGUUAACUUAAAAGAUUUGUUCACAGCGUUUAAAUUGAAGUCAUUCAAAGAGACUACUCUGGGUGCGAAUCAGUUGCUGGGUGAGAGCAAACGUCUGCAAUUCAGAACUGGAUCUUCGUUGGACGAUCUAGUCGAUAUGUACGAUUUCUACGAGCCCGUGGACGAGCAGGAAGAUGAAAACUGGAUCAAAGGCAAACAAGCCUACAGGACGAGCGAAUUUGACGCCAACGAUAUUAAUUUUCAUGUCAUGGACACGUUGGAAGAAGACACCGAUCGUUUCCAAAUCACUUUAUUGCCGAUGCAAAUAAGAACGUUUGUUAUUGAAAUCAAACGCUAUACUUAAUAUCUUUGUUUAACAUUU